AUGCUUCUAUUUUUUCGAAACCGCUUGUUACAAAGUGUACGUCAUGUCAAUGGGCUUUCCGACACUCAUCUCAUCUACACAGUCAACAUGCUGAAAGAAAAGGCAACUGGUUACUUGGAAGAAAACGACACCGCCCAAGCGAGCGAAAAAACUUUUCAGGGCUGCAAACUCGCACUGAUACAAUAUGUCCAGAGGCUUGAAAAAGCUAAUGAUUUCAAGAUUGUUCCAGAGCACUUAGCUAACCCGUGGAACUAUAGAAAGUUCAAGAAACUGUGUGACAUUGUAAUAAAAAAUGUUGAUAUCAAAUUGGCUGAUGAAAUAAACAACGGGUGGACACAUGCAUAUAGGUUUCAUUCAGAAGGGUGGACGCAGAAUAAUUUGAGUGUGGAUAACGUCAAGUUAUCCUUACCCUACGUCAUGAGGUUUAUGGAAAUUGUCGAGAAAGAAUUGCCCAUUGAUCGAAUGAUGGCACUCCACAUAAAAGAACAACUCUUCAAUAGUUAUAGCAAAGCAAAUCAGGCAACGUAG